AAGAUAGGAAGAAGGAGGGAAUCCCGACGACGUUUGAGCAGCCGCUGUGGGAGGAGAUGGAGUGGGCACACAGAAAGCCAUAUGUCGCCUGUGAGGCUGUGACAACACCAUGGCAUCAUCGAACUGCCAGGGUGCUGAAAGCGGUGUUUCCGAUAACGAAACACCGCCGCUUGGCAAUGGCUCUUCAGAAGGCGGGGGCCGGAGCAGUGCGAGCACCGAAGAAGACGACCGCUUGCGUAAGAAACGGCAAGGGGCGAUGGGAAAAGAGCGCGUUGGUGACCGCCCGCCGGUGUUGACUGUGGAGAGGGCUCUGCUAGAUUCCAGCAUGGCGGGGAAUGAAGGGAUGGAGAAGGCGGCUGGCGCUCUGGCCCGGGCAAGCACAGAGGGUGCGCAGCUGGUGGCGACCCAGGUCGGCGCUAUCGCCAGUGCCAUAAAGGAAGGAAACGUUGUGCUGCAGAUGUUGGUCGGCAUCAUGGCUGACCGGCGCCGAAACGGGAAUGGCAAUCGGGGAGGAGAACAUGGGGACACCAGCCCCUCCACCUGCUGAAACUUGAAUCCGUGACGACAACAGCGCACGUUGGCCGACGACAGUUGGAGAACGAUAGAAAAAGGGGGGGGGGGGAAAUCUACAAACAAAAAAUGGGAAAAAAAUGAAAAAAACAUUAUGAA